AUGAAUUGGGCUGGGAAAAUUAUUGCGCAAUUGAUUGUGGUGGGUUCUGGGAUAUUGGGUCGUGCUUUCUUCCAAGCAUAUCGUCAGGCAAUUGCAAAUGCGUCUAAGUCUGGCGUUGCGCAGGAGGCGAUGCAGAACACAGUACGUAAAGCAGGGAAAGCCAUCAAUGAGCAAGAGGCUAGGCAGAUUCUUGGUGUAACCGAGAAGACCUCAUGGGAAGAGAUAUUACAGAAAUACGACAAACUGUUUGAGAAUAACGCGAAAGCUGGGAGCUUUUACCUUCAAUCUAAAGUUCUCCGAGCCAAAGAAUGUCUUGAAGUUGUGUACAGGAGCAAAGCCAACGGUACACCUAGUUAAGAUUUUACUCUUCUUCUUUUUUUCUUACAGAUUCAAAAAUUCUUGCUCUUUAUGUAAAAUCAAAGACGAUAUCACUGUUCUUUGAGAUGAUGUGGAUCUUUAAAAAACGGCCAUAGUUUUCUUCACCCAUUCAUUAGUAAUAACGAAGACGGCUUGCUCUGUUAUGGAUCAGUGUCAAUGAACCUCUUAAAAUUAGAAUGGAUUGUUCUAUGCGUGUAUGUUGUAUCGUUCACUCCUAAGAACAGACUCUUUUUAGAGUUUCGUUUCUGUUUUUGAUUCUGAUUGGAAACUGGGAUAAUAUACUGUUUCUUAUGUAAAUGCUUGAUAAAGCUAAAUCUCAGAUUAUCUAUAAGCUAAAAAGUGUGAAUUGAUGA